GAGGGAGGUGGAGUCAUAGCUCAGUCCUGGAGUCGAGCAGAGGAGCUUUGGGAGUCUGAAAGUUUGUGUCUGGAGCAGCAGUGGAGAGUGGGCUUAGGAGGAAUUUUCUUGGGAUGAGAGCUGAUCGCUUGCCUUUGGAUGCACUUUGGAUGCACACCUUGCUUUAAUCUCAUCAGCCUUCCGCUUGAUCCCUGGACAGCCUGUCUCCCCCCGGGAUUUUCACAUCUCCGAGGACACCGGACCGGAGCCCUCUGCAGUUCUCUCUCGGCCAGGGGAGCAAACGUGUCCCCUCCUAAGUGCAUAAACUACACGCGCGCACACACACACACUCGCACACGCGCGGAGCCGGAUCUUGUCCUCCGAGGCGGCUCUGCCUGCUCCCCUCCUGCCCUCAGCAUCCUCGGCCCAGCGCGCCUCGGACCACCAUGGAGGUGCUGGAGAGCGGGGAGCAGAGCGUCCUGCAGUGGGACCGCAAGCUGAGCGAGCUGUCAGAGCCCGGGGAAACCGAGGCUCUCAUGUAUCACACGCACUUCUCAGAGCUCCUGGAUGAGUUUUCCCAGAAUGUCUUGGGGCAGCUCCUGAAUGAUCCUUUCCUCUCAGAGAAGAGCGUGUCGAUGGAGGUGGAGCCAUCGCCAACGUCCCCAGCGCCUCUCAUCCAGGCCGAGCACAGCUACUCCCUGUGUGAGGAGCCUCGGGCCCAGUCCCCCUUCACCCACGUGACCACCGGUGACAGCUUCAAUGACGAGGAAGCAGAAAAUGAGAAAUGGUACCUGUCUACGGACUUUGCUUCAACGACCAUCAAGACAGAGCCGAUUACGGAUGAGCCGCCCCCAGGUCUUGUUCCCUCUGUCACGCUGACCAUCACAGCCAUCUCCACCCCUUUUGAAAAGGAGGAACCUCCUCUGGAAAUGAAUACUGGGGUUGAUUCCUCGUGCCAGACAGUUAUUCCUAAGAUUAAGCUGGAGCCUCACGAAGUGGAUCAGUUUCUAAACUUCUCUCCUAAAGAAGCCUCCGUGGACCACCUGCACCUACCGCCCACCCCUCCCAGCAGCCACAGCAGUGACUCGGAGGGGAGCCUGAGCCCCAACCCGCGCCUGCACCCCUUCGGCCUGCCUCAGACCCACAACCCAGCCAGAGCCGUGGUGCGGGCCCCCUCCGCCCUUUCCAGCUCCCCGCUUCUCACCGCGCCACAUAAACUGCAGGGAUCAGGCCCACUGGUCCUGACGGAAGAGGAGAAGAGGACCCUGAUUGCCGAGGGCUAUCCCAUCCCCACCAAACUGCCCUUGACAAAAUCGGAGGAGAAGGCCCUGAAGAAAAUCCGGAGAAAAAUUAAGAAUAAGAUUUCUGCCCAGGAGAGUAGGAGAAAGAAGAAAGAAUACAUGGACAGCUUGGAGAAAAAGGUGGAGUCUUGCUCAACUGAGAACUUAGAGCUUCGGAAGAAGGUCGAGGUCCUGGAGAACACCAAUAGAACGCUCCUUCAGCAACUGCAGAAGCUUCAGACUUUGGUGAUGGGCAAGGUGUCACGCACAUGCAAGCUGGCGGGCACGCAGACUGGCACCUGCCUCAUGGUCGUUGUGUUAUGCUUUGCCGUCGCAUUUGGAAGCUUCUUUCAGGGCUAUGGGCCCUAUCCUUCUGCCACCAAGAUGGCGCUGCCCAGCCAGCAUUCCAUGCCAGAGCCGUACACUGCCUCCGUGGUGAGAUCCAGGAACCUGCUGAUCUACGAGGAGCACUCCCCGCUGGAGGAGGUGUCCAGCCCCACCCCGGCUGGGGAGCUCGGGCGCUGGGACCGAGGCUCUUCCCUGCUCAGGGCGUCGGGGCUGGAGUCCAGGCCAGACGUGGAGCUCCCCCAUUUCAUUCUCUCGAAUGAGACCAGCCUGGAGAAGUCAGUGCUGUUGGAGCUGCAGCAGCACUUGGUCAGCGCCAAACUGGAGGGGAACGAAACACUAAAAGUCGUAGAACUCGACAGAAGAGUGAACGCCACCUUCUAGAGAGGCGCUCCCUUCAUUCUGCUUUUUUCUCUUCACUCGACUUGUACGUCCCCACACCACCUUUGCCGUAAGCUUUUCCUUUUUCCUGCCCCAUCCGGAUGAAGACUUGGAGGAGCAGUGGUGGCCUUGGAUGGGAGGACAGCCUGGGACCCCCACCUGCGGUGAGAGAGCACCUUCCCUGCGAGUCCCACGUCCCUCCCUGCAGGAGGGAGCCCCUCCCUUGAGCUUACUGCCAUAGGAAAUUAUUUUAGGGUCAGGUGGGACAAGCAGGCUUGUUCCUACAGAUAGUGCCAAAAAGAUGCUCCCUGAUUCUCUUUGAAGAAGCGAUGACUCAUGUUCCGUUGAGACCCAGACUCUAACUACAGAAAUACCAGGAUGCCCGUUGGGAUCUGGCAAAGCCCAUGACUGGUGUUGUGCCUUCCUCCGCCUGGGUCUCCCGGUGUGUCCUGCGCCGUCCGCCCCGGAAGUGCCGGGGUGCCCAGUGAGUGCCCCCUGCCGCUCUGCUCUGUCCAAGCCCUCAAGCCCUCGCUGAUCAUCCUCCGAUCGUCCUCCGGCACUGGAGCGAGGGCAUGCCCUUCAUAUUCUCAGGCCGCAAGUGCAAUGCCUGAAGGAAUCAGGCUUCUCUACUCCAGGCAAACCUGCCCCAUCUCGUCGCUUGUAGGACUUCUCCAUAACCUGUGUCCCCACACGCCCAUAGUUCCGCUUCCCUGGCUUCUCUUCCCCAUUUGUAAAUAGUAUUUAUUAGCUUGCCGAGGCUUCCCACUGGCAACCACAGCGAAGAGGUCCGACGCCUCCCUCCAAGGUACCCCAGUCUCCCGCUGGCCUUUGGCGCUGGAAGGACAGCCUAGGCUCUGGGAUCCCCAGUCCUCCAGACCUGUUUCAUUAUUUCUUCUUCCUCUUCUUCUCCUUCUCCUUCUUCUUCUUUCUUACUGGAGGACUAUCCUUAUAGUUGGGAAAUCCCCAUAAGCAUGUGUUCUUCUACAGAAUGAACCCAGAGGGGAAGGCGGAGCGAUGCCUUGCUCAGGCCUAUGGCUCUCUCUGUACCGUCACAACAGAGAAGGAAGCCCUGUCCUUGGCAACAGGCACUUCGGAUGAUCUUGCUGGCUUGUCCCCUCACACCGGCCCCUGGCCCCUCCUCCCCUCCUCCCCGCCACCUCGAUUUACCCUCCUCUCCUGCCUCAGCCCUGGGGUUGGGCCUGAGGUCUGGCCCUGGGGUUGAAGCAGGUGACAUUUUUGUAUCCACAGUCUUACCUUUUAUAUAGUCAGGUUUGGUUACGUUGCAGCUCACCCAAAGAGACAUAACCUAACCCCCAACCUACUUCAUUAUUAUUAUUUUUUAAUGAUUAAAGUAACUUUUGUAGUUUUAAAAAAUUCUUUUCCUCUUUCACACAGAUAAGAAAUGGAAAUCGCCUUUUUAUUGUAUAAUGUAGAAGAGCCCUCUUAAAGGUUUCCCCUAGCUUGUAAAAGAGCUUGUAUAGGAAAUUUGCUCACAGUUUGUAUUUUAUUUUUAGUAUUAUAGUAGCCGAAGGGUCUUUAGCUUUGACUCCUCUCUGUCUGUCUCUCUCCUCUGUAUACUGUCAUUGGAACCUGUACUUAAGAGGGAUAAAGCCCACACCUGAGCCUUCCAUUCCAUAUCAGAUACGGGACUUGGUGUCGUUAACGUUUGCUAUCAUACGUCCUAGGCAGAUCUGUGUUUUGUGUGCCCAGGUACAUAGGGGGCUCACUGUCAGUGAUCCUUUCCUCUCCCCACUGUGAUGGAGAGACUUCCAGACUGGGAGAAGGCCAAGUUCAUCUUCUCAGCAGUGUGUGAAGGCUGGAUUGGGACUGCAGUGGUCCUGGCAGCCCUGCCUGCCCGCACUGCCCCUUACAUUGGCCAGGGAGCACUCAGUCCACCUGGGCUGGGUGGAAACAGGCGUUGCUAGCCUGCCGCCUGCUCCUGCUUCUCUCUGCUCCCUUCUCUCCUUCUCUCCUUCUCUUCUGCUCUAGAUCCUUCUGGGCCUGGCUGGUGUCUAGCAACCACAGGCCACUGCUGACCCAUCCCUCUGUUUAAAAUGUCAUGUCAUUAUCAGGCACAGGCAGCUGUGAGGGCCCAAGAGGGCAAAACGAUAGAAUCAACGCAAAUAGUAUUUGGACGAUGCAAAAGAGAAGGUUUCGUAUUUAAGGGCAGAAGAACAGAAUGGGUCAGCCUCGCCACCAGCUGCUCCGGAACCAGGCCAUGUUUUUAAGGCCCCUGCAUUGGCCAGGAUGGAUAACCAGCUCUUCUAAAUGAGGAGGGAGACGGGACAGGGCGGCAAACUAAUAGCCCCCAUCCUCGGCACCUUGAGGAUUCUUUUCUCCCCUAUCAACAAUCCUUGCUUGAUAUCACUCUCUCUAGACCUCCAAACAGCAGGGGUCCCUCUCUGGGAAUCCACUCUUCCAGAACUGAGUCUGUACCUACAGUUAUACGGCAUCAGGCUGAGAGCUCAGAUGGCCAUUUUAAAGGGGUUCCAAGAAGCAAUAUUACUAUUGUUUUGAGAAAACACUCUGCCCUCCACGCCCUGCUUGGGUGAGGAAAGGAAACUGUUAUCCCUUUAGGAGGAUGUAAUGGGGCCAAGAGGACUCCAAAGGGUUGGGUAAUAGCAGAUGGGUUCCAAAUAGUGGGUGCAUGUACAUUUUCUGCCCCAGGGGUAAGCCCACAGUAUCCGUGGUUCGUUUCCCCCACAGAGAAGUCCCACCGACUAGUCAGAUACUUGAUUGGCCCUGAUGACUUCAAAUAGUGGCAGGUAUUGGCUCCUGAAUUUCACUUUUGAAAAAUACGGGACUGCUAGUGCAACCAAGAGAAUAUAACUACGUUAAUGAUACAUAUAUUAAUUAUAUUUUUCAUCAUGCAAACACGUUUUCCUCUUUCCUUUCUUUGACUACCCGAGUGAGGGAGCUGUCCUGUAAAAAUUCAGAGAGUAUUAUUUUUUUUAACUGGAUGAGACCUGAGUAACCUAGAGCUCUCCCCACCCCCAACCCCCCAGGGUGGUUCUUUUCAAAGCUCUCGACUUUGCACUUAGAAACGGAUACUGAAAAUGAAAGGCCUCAGUGCCAGUUUUAGGAGAGAAUUCCUGUGAAGUGUUAGGACUCCGGAGCCUCGCUCACAUAAAGAGAAUGUUAUAUAAAAAUCUGACAGCUGAACUGGGUUGCUCCUUUAGGGCAAGGGUGGGGGUGAGGCUUGACACCAGUGUAGGCAAAACGAGGCAACCUUUUUGUUUAUAUAAAUGAUUUUGAUUUGGAGACCUAAUUUGAGGAUUGCGAAAGCAGCUUUCAGCUCAACUUAUUUACAAACCAACGCUAAAUGCCCUGCCACCUUAAUUCCUAAAUCUCUUGGUUUAGCCUGACUGCCAACGGCGAGGGCUAUGACUCUCAUGGGCGCUGAGUCAGUGCCCAGGAUUUCUGACAUGAGUGUUUUAUUAAAAAUGCUUAGCCUUUCGUGGCUCCGUCCUCCCAUGUCCUCAGCCCAAGCAAAACCCCAGCAACCGAACCCGAGGCCUCUCAGGGCCAGCUCCUCUGAACACACCUGUCACGUGAGAUGAGUACUUGAGCACAGCGCACACAUGGGGACAUCCCGCGGAGGAGAUGGACCACCCGUGCUGCCCUGGCUGACACGGGAUGCUGGAGAUGGAGGAGGAGGCUUUCAGCCUCCCCCUUGUCUGCCAGGGGGCACUCAUUUGGUUCUGUUGAAUCCAGCCUUUGAGGAACAUUUUCUAAAGGCACCAGCCAGCCUGCUGGCAGUGCGGGCAGGACCUGUGGAACCACUAACGGGUAGUCCCCAGAGAGAGUCAUUUUAUUUGAAUGCUUUUUAGCUGCGACAAUUAGGAGACAUGCGAUAGGAUAAAUCCCUCUGGGAGGGCAGUUAGAAGAGAGAGCAGGGGCCUGUGAAGUGGGGCCUGUGAAGGAGCCAGAGACAGAUUUCAGAUUUUCUGUUUGUUUGUUCGUUCAUUCAUUCAUUCAUUCAUUCCUGAGAGUGCUGCCUGAGGCCCUGGAGAAUAAGGGAGCUGAGGAAAUAUUAAUAGGUCUUUAAAAGACACAAGUGCUGGGUCUGUCUGU